UUAAGAGUGGGCCAAGGUGUCAUGAAUAUGAGAACAGAAAGAAAACUUCUCCUCCGACUCUCCAAGCUCUCUCUCCGUAAUGGUUCAUUCAUUCAUGAGAGGGCUCGUCUGUUUUCUUCCUCAGCCACCAACCCGUAUCUGUCACUUGCCUGCAACGCGGAAGCCUUGCCAGGCGGCGGAAUCAUCGGAAAUGUCCUCUUGUUCGACGCCGCUAAGCAAGAUAUGCUCACGGUACGGGACAAAACAAUGCCCCAAGAGCUCCCUGAGUGGAAAGGACUUGGAGCUUCCCAUGGAUGGGCAUUUUUCUUUAAUCUAAGCGAUCUUUCCCUGAGUAUCAGCGACCUUUUCAACCCUUUGGCUUCCAAACAAAACCCGACAACGAUUCCUCUGCCUCCGCUUACUCAUCUGCCCUGUUGCCAAUCCCAAGUUGUGUGGAAUGUGGCAAUGUCCUCUUCUCCUCCUCCUGAUGAAGAUGAAGAUUGGGUGGUUGCUAUCAAGUUAUUGGGUAGGCAGCUUAGUCUCUGCAGGCCCCGUCGUGACCUCCGGUGGACUAAUAUCCUAACCCCUUUGGGAUAUUUAGAAAACUCAAAUCUGAUGUUCUCCAAGAGAGACCAAAAGUUCUACUUGCCUGCUCCUGGGGGCCACCGUUUGUUAUCAUAUGAUCUCAACUUCGCAAAAGACAAGGACCCCGAGUUCCAUGAGUUGCAGUUUCGCAACAUUCCCGAGUUGACUCAAUCCGAGUGGGAGCUGUUGGGUUCGUGUUGCCGGACGGAGUAUCUGGUGGAGUCAGCCUCAACUGGAGAACACUUCCUCGUGAAAUGGUACGGGCAAGGGUUUUUCAAGCACGGGCAGGGCUACAAAACGAAGCGGUUCAUGGUGUUUAGAGAGGAGGAGACGUUGGAAGGAAGAUGCAUGUGUUACACAGAGGAGAUUGGAGAUGUGUGCAUAUUCCUUUCAAAGAGCGAGGCUUUCUGCGUCAAGGCCAGCUCGUUCCCGGGUCUCAAGCCUAACUCUAUCUAUUAUCUAGGCCACGGCUUUGGUAUUUAUGAUGUUGCCACAGGAACCACCAGUCCUUUUCGACCUCCUCAAGGUGCACCAGCCGCUCUCAUCUCCCCUUAUUAGCUUCCCCCAUUUUCUAUCUAGUUGGCUCGUUUCAUUUGUAACAUAUAUUGCUUUAAUCUGGAAACUCUUAUUCUAAUAUUCACUAUUGUUUUUAGACAAAGUUGUGAAACCAUGCGUAUAAUGAAACUGAGAAAUUCUUUUUAUAACGCCCAUCACCGAUGGAUCUUGCUGAUUUAGUUUCUAAAUUCCAGAAACAUACUUGUAUUUAAAAUCAGGAAAUGAAGAAAAAAAGAUUAAAGAAUCAUUUUGGUUUUUCGUAUCGUAGGAGAUUGGUAUUGUGAAAACAUGAUAGAAAGUAGAAACAGGCAGGCUUUUUAAAAAAACCAGACCAUAACACGAGUGAACUAGAUUGAAUAUGGGGGAAGCCAGUAAGGGAGGAAGGGAAUCUCUGGUGGUGCGCCUUUCGGGUGCUGAAAAUGGCGUAUGUUUUUGGCGGUGAGGUCGUAAACAGCAAAGACGCGGCCCAUGUAAUAAAUGGAGUUGUGCUUGAGACCAGGGCAAGAGCUAGCCUGGAGGCAGAAAGCCUCACUCUUUGAAAGGAAGAUGCACAUAUCUCCAAUGUCCUCUGUGUAACACAUGUUUCUUCUUCCCUCCUUUGUGUCUUCUUCUCUAAACACCAUGGGUAUCGGCAACGGGGACCUGUCAGGGGAGACAGGGGAGUACCUGCACACGACCAAAAUGGGUGUUUUCAUGUAAUGUCUUCUAGCUGGUUACAAUGGUAAGGAGAAGCUAGCAGGAAUCGAUACCAUUUGACGAGGAAAGAUUCCCCAGAGGGUGACUCGACCCAGUGAUCCUCCCUGAGACACGAGUCCAAGAGCUCCCACGUGGACUGAGGCAGCUGGGGAAGGUUGUGAAACAGCAGCUCGUGGAACUUGGGAUAGUCGUCCUUGUGGAACUGGAGAUCCCACGAGCACAAGUAGUUCCCUCCAGGAGCAGGCAAGUUAAAGGUCUGGUCUCUCUUGGAGAACAUCAGGUUUGAGUUUUGGAAGCUUUCGAAAGGGGUUGAGAUGUCAGAACACCGGAGGUCACGGCGGGGCCUGCAGAGACUCAGCUGGUUACCCAAGAACUUGAUCGCCACCACCCAAUCUUCAUCUUGAUCAAGAGGAGGAGGAGAGGACAUUGCCACGUUCCACACAACUUGGGUUUGGCAGGAGUAGAGAGCGGUAACCGGAGGCAGAGGAAUCGUUGUCGGGGAACCCAAUACCGGGUUGAAAAGGUCGGUGAUGCGUAGGGAACGAUCGUGCCGGUCACAGUAAAACCACCAUCCAUGGGAAGCUCCGACCACAUUGGCGUUAACCAACUCUUCCUUGGCCGCAUCGAACAAGAGAACGUCUCCCACGUUUCCGCCGCACGGCGAGGCUUUCUCAAUGCAGCAAAGCGUCAAAUACGGGCCGGUCGAAAACAAGCGGAUGGUCUUGUGCAUCUGUCAAAGUAGCAAAAUUAUAAACCCUCGGGAUCUAUAAUAAUACAUUGAAAUAAACAAAAUUAAAAUCUUAAUUCGUCGGAGAAUAAGCUUACGAGUGAACUGUUCCUGUGAGAGAGGUUUGAGAGCCGGGAGAGAAGAAGAUGAGACAUUGACGAUAGAUUAUUGCACCAAGAAACCCUAAUUUCUGUUGAUGAACCUGGAUUUUCUACCAUCUUCAAGUUAAAGACGGGGAAUUAGAUUUGGACACCAAGAUUAUUCUUCUCUUUCCAUUUUCGGAAAGAAAGAAAAAAAUCCUUUUUAGCAAAAUCUUUCUGCAUUAACCCAAACCUCUGCCAUCUUAGCCAUAACUAGACUUCAAUUUCCUGUGAAGGAUAGAACAUCAAAAAUUCUGAAACUAAAAUUGUAAAUCAAAUUUAUUUCUGAAGAAAUUUAUUAAAUCAAAUCAAGCUUAGCUCACUCCUGAAGAAAUUAAUUUAAAUAUAUGUAAUCGGCGUAAAAACAAGGGAAAUUAGAAAUGUUAACAAAAGUAGCAAGAAAAAGAUCGGACAACAUUAUACAAUUUCACUACAAAAAUAAAAAGAUGGUAUGGAUGGUAAUGGAAUGUCA